AUGCAGGAUACGGCGAGACCCGAUGAGCCUCCCCUCGCCUCGCCCCAGCAUGGUCAGCAGCAGCAGCAGCAGCUCCAAGGCCAGCCUUCUAAGCCGCUGGCAGGUGCGGCCCUAGCAGGCUUGUCCGGCCCGGCAGGAACCCCGAGCACCCGCGUCUGCGUCUGUGCCGGCCGCACAUCACCAUCUUCAUGGCAGACCGACUCCCCUCCCGCCCAGGCAGGUCAGGCCAAGCCACCAAGUGCCGCACCCGGCAGUGCGGGGCCGCCUUCGCUCACGCCUCCGCGCCUCACGGCGCAGGACAUCGCGACGCUGGCGGCACGGUUCACCAACAAGCCCAUCUCGGAAGGGUACGAGGUCGAGGCCCGGACAACACUCGAGUUCAGCCUGUCGGAGCCGGCGGUGCGGCACGCGCUCACGGCGCUGCAGUCCCUGUACAAGACGCUCGAGGACCACGGGCACGAGUUCCCGCACGGGCGCCUGGCGGUGCCGACGGUGUACCACGGGCUGCAGGAGUACAAUAAUGCCAUUGUCAACCUGGCAGACAAGCUGGCCGUCAUGGACCGACGGUCGUGUGAGGUGGCGCUGGUUUGCUGCCGGCUCUUCAUUAGCAUUGGCACCAUCACGCGCGACUACACGGCGGUGGCGGAGCACUACAUCCGCGGGAUGCGCAUCAUGCAUGAGGCGGCGACACGGCCGUACCUCGACGCACGAGGCAACGUGAUACCGACGCAGAACGGCGAGUUCCCCAAGAUUGACAUCUUCAUGAUCAAGAUCUUCAUGUCGCCCGACCGCAUGGCGCCCGCGUGCAAGGAGGCCGCGCUCGCCAUCGGCCGCCGGCGCCGGCUGCCCCACGGGAUCAUCAGCAAGCUUGCGCUACAGCACUUUGACAACGUGUCGCGCCUGCGGCCCGGGGCCGACGCGUCCAAGGUGCUCGCGGAGAAGGACGUGCUGGUGACCAUGCUCGCCGACCUCAACCUCGACCGCCAGGAUGGGCCCCGCCAGCUCGGCGCGUACCACGGUCGCUUCCACUUCCUCUACCACUCCGCUCUCACCAUUGCCGUCAAGCUGUCCCUGUGGGCGCCUACGGAUGAUAUUAGCGAGCUGAAACCCGUGUUUGAGCGCGUGAGCGCGGUGUCUGGCUGCGUAAUCUAG